AUGUCGAACCUUGUCAAAUUUGAAUUUGUGGCCCUUGAUAUUACCGGAAAGAAUUAUUUAUCAUGGGUGUUAGAUGCUGAAAUACACCUAGAUUCUAAAGGACUUGGUGAAACAAUCGCCAUGAUAUUUCUUCGUCAUCACCUCCAUAAAGGUCUAAAAAAUGAAUAUCUCACUGUUAAAGACCUAGAAACCCUUUGGAAUAGUCUAAAGGAAAGAUAUGACCACCAAAAAACUAUUAUACUUCCUAAAGCUCGUUAUGAUUGGUUAAACUUGCGAUUGCAAGAUUUUAAAUCUGUUAGUGAAUAUAAUUCAGCCAUGUUCAGAAUAACUUCUCAAUUGAAAUUAUGUGGAGAGAAGAUUAUUGAUGCAGAGAUAUUAGAAAAAACAUACUCCACUUUCCAUGCAAAUAAUAUUGUCCUGCAGACACAAUAUCGAGAGAAAGGUUUUAAGAAAUAUUUUGAAUUGAUAUUUUUUUUGCUUGUGGCUAAACAAAAUAACGAGUUGUUGAUGAAAAAUCAUGAAUCUCGUCCUACUGGCUCUACUCCAUUCCCUGAAGCGAAUGUGAUUUCUCAUGAUGGGAAAGAAACAAAAAAAUAG